GGUGCGUCCAUUUUGUCAGCACGUACGAUCCCAAGUAGUCGACGCCGGUGCAAAGUAUAAUUCCCGUUCGCGACGAGUUCGUGUUACCGGGCCAGUGGCUGUCUGUCGGCGGCAUUCGUCGAUUCGGUAUCGCAACUGUGUGGGCACAGAGAGCGCGGCCGUCAAGCGUGAGAACCCGCUGGUUGUGAAUAUCGCGCAGGAAUCUGAGAAGCCGUCGGAGGAGAAUCGUUGUCGCAGGGCCGCGAAACGCGUCGCGUACCCGGUUCGUUCGAUUCUAGUUGAGUUUUAGCGUGAUGGCGGAGCUACAGGGAACCCAGGUCAGCCAAGACGCCCUGGCCGUGGCCCAGCUAGAGCUCGGUGGAAAUCCGAACGCCUUGGCGUUGCGUAGGCCAUUUGACCCCGUGGCACAUGAUCUAGACGCGACUUUCCGCCUUACGCGGUUCGCCGACCUGAAAGGAUGAGGGUGUAAAGUCCCUCAGGAGGUUCUUGGGAAACUCCUCGAGGGACUACAGGCCGACGAUGGUAGCGCACAAGAUCAUGAACAUGCCCAUUUUAUGCACAUGGCCAUUCCACGCAUCGGCAUUGGUAUGGAUUCCUCCGUGACUCCACUGAGGCACGGCGGGCUCAGUUUGGUGCAAACAACAGAUUUCUUCUACCCGCUAGUCGAUGAUCCUUACAUGAUGGGUAAAAUUGCAUGCGCUAAUGUUAUCAGCGACUUGUACGCUAUGGGAGUCACGGAGUGCGACAAUAUGUUAAUGUUACUGGGAGUCAGUACAAAAAUGACCGAGAAGGAACGGGACGUUGUUGUACCUUUGAUCAUGAGAGGGUUUAAAGAUUCAGCCUUGGAAGCUGGAACAACGGUGACGGGAGGUCAAACGGUUGUUAAUCCUUGGUGUACGAUAGGCGGCGUUGCUUCUACCGUUUGCCAACCGAACGAAUAUAUUGUGCCAGAUAAUGCAGUUGUUGGCGAUGUUCUUGUUCUAACAAAACCACUUGGAACUCAAGUUGCUGUUAAUGCUCACCAGUGGUUGGACCAACCGGAUCGUUGGAACAGAAUCAAACUCGUGGUCAGCGAAGACGACGUGAGAAAAGCUUAUCAGAGAGCGAUGGACAGUAUGGCCAGGCUCAAUAGAAUAGCGGCCAGAUUAAUGCAUAAAUACAACGCGCAUGGAGCAACAGAUGUCACCGGGUUCGGUCUCCUAGGACACGCACAAAAUCUGGCCAAACACCAGAAAAACGAAGUUUCAUUUGUUAUUCAUAAUUUACCCGUUGUUGCUAAGAUGGCAGCUGUUGCAAAGGCGUGUGGUAAUAUGUUUCAACUCCUCCAAGGCCACUCUGCAGAAACCAGCGGUGGAUUGCUUAUUUGUCUACCCAGAGAACAGGCUGCAGCGUAUUGUAAGGAUAUUGAAAAACAAGAAGGUUAUCAAGCCUGGAUUAUUGGUAUCGUUGAGAAAGGAAAUCGUACGGCAAGGAUAAUCGAUAAACCGCGAGUAAUAGAAGUUCCAGCUAAAGAAAAAGACGGGGAACUUUGGUAAAAGGGUUGAAGAUCUCCGCUUACCCUUUUAUUCACUUUCAUGCAUUUAAAGAAUAUCACAGGCAACACGCAUUUACAUAUGCAGGACACUCUACAUACAAGUUCAAAACACUUACAUGUGCACAAUAUGAUGAAGAGUUAAUGAAUUUUACGUCUCUUUCUCACUAGAUACAAAAUACCGAUAAAUGCAUUUCAUAGCAGUUUUAGUUUCGUUCGAUGCGUUAAAGACGCGAGAUAUAACGACUUAUAAUUUUGUGUUAUCUUUAUCAAAGUUUAAUCUAAAAUCCUGCCCCAGGAAGGUAAACGUUUCUCUCUUGUUCCCUUAUUGUCAAAAGUCGAGGAAAUGUCACUAGUGAAAACGUCUGUAAAAUGUUCUUACUAGUCUUUCCAACAACUGAACGCUUUAAACGAUUCGCGAUGAAAACCAUGGGCAAGCAAUGAAAAUAAAAAAAACAAGGAGUUUAGGUAUAGUCUUUCUAAGGAUUAAACCUUUGCAGUCAACGGACCUUGUACAGCAGGCAUAUUCGAAUUAAAUUCUAGAGAAUAUCAGAGUGACCAACAGAAAAGAAAAAAAUAUAGGAUUUUUUUUUUUGGCAACGGUACAGAAAAGUGUAACGAGCCGCUCAAAGAACUCCAUGAUUAUGCCUGCCAUAUAGGGACACAUUUUCUCUUUAAAUCAGCGAAUAUGUUGUUUAAUUGCUGUAGUAUAUACAAUUUCCAUAAACAGCCUUUAUUCGAUGAAAUCAAUGAUACCGUAGGCUGACGUUAACGGAUUUACAGAGAAACCUCAUGUCCCCGUACAAUACCCUUCGUCGGCAAAGGAUUAAAACCAAGUAUGUAUAAGAGUAGGCUCAGACUAAACUUCAACUUGCAAUACGUUGAGUGACAUUUGGAUGCUUAGUGUUGAUAAAGAAUGUUAAUUAAGGUACACAAAUGAUAGCUCGUGAUUACAAAGGUCUAUAAAUAUAUUUUAAGGGGGUAUACAACAUCACGAAAGAUUUUAACAAUGUAAUGUACAUUACUUUAAUCCACGGAUUAAUAGGGAAACAUAUAGAAAAUCAUACAAUACUAUAGAUACAAAUUUGUAAACAGGGACAUUACUACCCCGUAGUACGCAAUGACAGGCGCCCGACGCCAACAAGAUUUUCAUAAUUUGUAAUUUUGAUCUCUUGUUACGUAGGACGCGUAAGAUAUCUGAAUGAAAAUAAGGCCUUCUCUAGUUCUCUCGUUAUAUACGCUUUUGAAAGGCAAAAAGAAAACAAAUACAAGAAUUUGAGCACAGGCCCUAAUGUUGCAUUACUUUUUC